AUGCCUGAUGAAGAGGUGAUACUGGAAAACGCCACAGAUCAUCAUGAAGUUCCUGAUCAUCAUCAGAAUCAGGAGCUCAAAUCCAAGAAACUUUCAUGGCAAAAGCUGCGAAGAUACGACUCCUUGGACCUCGAGUCACGCAGUUUCACUGCUCACCAUGGCCAUGCCUCCAAGGGUGCGGAGUGGUCGGUGAUACUGCACCUAGCAUUUCAGAGCAUUGGAAUAGUUUAUGGGGACAUCGGUACAUCACCUCUCUACGUGUAUUCAAGCACCUUUACCAAAGGCAUCAACCAUGAUGACGACAUUUUGGGUGUUCUUUCUUUGAUCCUUUACACCCUAACCUUAAUCCCUUUGAUUAAGUACGUUUUCGUCGUCUUACGGGCCAACGAUAAUGGCGACGGAGGGACGUUCGCACUAUACUCUUUGCUAUGUCGAUAUGCCAAGGUUGGUUUGACUCCGAGUCAACAAGCAGAGGAUCGGGAUGUCUCAAAUUUUGAGCUGGAGUUGCCGAGCAAACGCCUAAAGAGAGCGUCAAGGCUUAAAUCUAAAUUAGAGAACAGCCCCUUUGCCAAGGUCUUCUUAUUAUUCGCCACCAUGCUUGGUACUUCCAUGGUCAUUGGCGACGGUGUUCUCACUCCCUGCAUCUCAGUUUUGUCGGCUGUUGGAGGGAUCAAAGAAGCUACAUCUGCAAUGACAGAAGAUCGGAUUGUUUGGAUAUCAAUAGCCAUCCUGAUUUGCCUCUUCAUGGUUCAAAGAUUUGGAACUGAUAAAUUUGAUCCUACGGUGGUCAAAGCCCUAAAUCCACAAUACAUAGUAGAUUACUUCAGGAGGAACAAAAAAGACGCUUGGAUUUCUCUAGGUGGCAUUGUCCUUGCCAUAACAGGAACUGAAGCAUUGUUUGCUGACGUGGGCCACUUCACAGUCCGAUCCAUUCAAAUAAGUAUGUGCGCAGUUACUUAUCCAGCUCUCAUAUUGGCAUACACUGGACAAGCCUCUUUUCUUCGCAACCACCAUCAUCUUGUUUAUGAUACCUUCUUCAAGUCUAUACCAGGGCCAUUGUAUUGGCCGAUGUUUGUGGCGGCAGUAUUGGCAUCAAUCAUAGCCAGUCAAGCCAUGAUUUCAGGGACGUUCUCUAUAAUCCAACAGUCACUGUCAUUAGGGUGUUUCCCUCGUGUCAAAAUUGUGCACACAUCGGCCAGGUACGCAGGACAAGUUUACAUUCCGGAGGUCAACUACCUUCUCAUGUUGGCUUGCGUUGGUGUCACUUUGGGUUUCCGAACCACUGCAAAGAUUGGCAAUGCAUACGGUAAGUAUAGCUGUGGUGUUUGUAAUGACGCUACGUCGUCAUUUCUAGUGCUAAUCAUGAUAAUGAUAUGGAAAACCAACAUAUUUUUGGUCAUCUCAUAUGUUCUUGUCAUUGGAAGUGUGGAGUUAAUGUAUCUAAGUUCGGUGCUCUACAAAUUCAACCAAGGUGGAUAUCUUCCCCUCGCCUUUGCCAUGGUCUUGAUGAUUAUAAUGUUUGUGUGGAAUGAUGUGCAUCGGAGAAAGUACUAUUACGAGCUUGGUCACAAAAUCUCUCCAGAACAACUCAAGGAAAUUGCUGUUAGCGCAAACUUUUGUCGAAUGCCUGGCCUCGCCAUGUUCUAUUCGGAGCUUGUUCAAGGCAUCCCUCCGAUCUUCAAUCAUUAUGCAACAAAUGUGCCUGCAUUGCACUCGGUCCUUGUUUUCGUCUCCAUUAAAUCGUUGCCUAUAAGCAAGGUUCCAUUGGAAGAGCGAUUUCUUUUUCGGAGAGUAGAGCCUAAGGAGCUCAAUGUGUUUCGAUGUGUUGCGAGAUAUGGGUACACAGAUGUUCGAAAUGAGCAUGAACCCUUUGAAGGGUUGUUGGUGGAGAAAUUGAAAGAGUUCAUAAAGGAUAGUUUUUGGAUAUCUCAAAGAAAUAUGGACGAUAAUAAUGGGGAGAAGUUUGACAUCAAGGAGGAGGAAUUCGAUGACGGGCUGGCUGACGGUGAGAAUGGCAAGGAGGAUGUGAAGCAAGUUGAUGAUCAAGGAGAAGCAACAAGAUUUACUGGACGAAGAGAUUGA